AUGACCGACCAGGCGCUCGUUGCGUGCCGUUACACCACAUUUGAGGAAGAUCCCGACUUCCCCUUCGCGCCGGCACAGCUCACGACAGACCUCGCGCUAUGGUGGCUCUGUAUGCUGGCUGUCUCGGCUCACAGCCGCUCGUCGGUUGAGCAUGAAAUAGUUCCGAUCAGCAAGUGGGACGUCGAAUACUAUGACGAUGAGCGCGGCUGGGUGCGUCGCCACAAAUACUCGGGUUAUAAGGAGCCCACGGAAGCCCCGUCUCCUCCAGCCUACGAGACACCGGCGUCCGACGACGGGGCCGGCAAUGCCGCUCUUUUCAUGGCCGGAGUAGGACUCAACGUACUAUAG